AUGAGUGCGAGCAGCACUGACGUUGGACCGCCGGAUACCGGUACAUCGGGGCCGAUUCUCUUCCAAACACUGCUCCAAUAUCUCUUGCAAGGUGCCACGCAGGCGGGCCAGAACGAUAGUGUUGCGUUGCGAAUUUACGUUGUCGCUUUGGAGUUGCUAUCAAUACUUCAAACAACUCUUGAAACAUACAAAGUCUGGCAUGAAGUCAUUGACCACCGGCAUUGGUACAUGAGUCCCUUGCACUGGUCCGAGUUCCUUCUGAACGGGUUGAUAUGCACCUGCUGCGAGGCGUUCCUCCUCCGGAGGUGCUGGAAGAUCACCGGCCAGAACAGCUUGAUUCUACUUCCGCUGGCAGCACUGUCAUUCGUCAUGCUCGUUGCAAACGUAUACCUGGCUGUUCGGAUCGCCAAGGUUAUCGACAUUGCAACAGGGUACGCCGACCCGCUAAAAGCCGGACACUGGGCAUUCCCACUCUGGGUGUUCAGCUCUCUUGUGCUCUCGCUCGGCCUGACUUGCAUAUUAUCUUGGUACCUCUACCGGAGCAAAACUGGCAUCCGCCAGACAGACCAACUCGUCCAGACCAUCAUCAACGCCACCUGGGAAACUGCGUUGCUGCCCACAAUCUGCAUGGUCAUCGCUGCCGCCUUCUAUUGCAGCAAAGAGGUAAGCCUCUCGAUGGCACAGCUGACGAGAGUCAGACACCUUGAUCUGUUCUUCAUCCUCCUGACGGCGAAACUCUACACCCUGGGCAUUCUCCGAACCCUGAACCUGCGUAUCAGGUUUCGUGAGCGCCUCGCCUCGCACGACCUAGGCGGCCGUCAGUCCCUGAGUGAAUACCAGUGGGGGUCCGGAGAGUCGACACGGACGAAACGUACUGAUCAGGUACGUCGCUAUGUCAUGUCAACCUGA